CACUACACCUGCUAUUGCUUCCUUCCCACCUGCCCCUCCCAUGACGAUGAUGGACAGCCUACCUACCCCUCCAAACGAGGAGCAUACCAGACCUCAGGGGUCGAAGCGGCCCCAUGCAGCAUCCAAGCCUAUCAAGACAGUACAUCGGACACUGAAGCGGACGAGUACACAUAGCCACCCUCCGUCACCAGCCAAGGAAAGCCAUUCGCAGCACAGCGAUGGGAGGCAUAAGCGAGUAUGGAAGGCCUGCGAGAGGUGUCGCAUGAAAAAGACAAAGUGCGAUGGAGAAUUUCCUUGCAAGAGGUGUAAAGACGACGGGUUAAUAUGCACGGCUGGGACUCGAAAGAAGACCGAGUACAAACAACUACCGCCGGGGUACGCCGAGGUGCUGGAAAACACGCAGUUUGUCCUGAUUGCCACGGUCCAGAAGCUCUACUCGAUGGUGCGGAACGGAGAGCCCUGGGACCUGGGGGAGCCCGAAUUGAACGACCGUGGUCAACCUGUCAUUCACAACGUUGCCGCCAAACUCGGCUGUUUACGACCCAACAGCGACCUGGAUCUUCCCGUUCAUUCCAUCUUCCCCGAGGAUGAGGCCGGGAUGGCGGAGCUGGCUCGGCAAUUGCAGGAGCACGCUGCGGCAUCAUCAGCGUCAUCGUCAUCGUCAUCAUCAUCAUCGUCGUCGUCGGCAUCAGCCGGCGACGCAUCGCAGAACAGCAGCGGUAGCAAUAGCAGCUCCGGGCAAGAGACCGAGUCUAAUACCGCCUGCAACCGGACAGAUCGAGCCAGUUCCUCUGCCGCCUCAGACGCCGAGCAUUCGGAUUUCGAUCUCGAACCCGACUACCGCAGGGCCGCGUUCGGCACCGCCAGCGCCGUCAGCUUGUCGCCCGCCAGCCUCAGCUACCCCGACUUUGACCUCUCCCCGCCGCCCGCGGCGCCGUCGGACGGGUUCCCGCCGAGCCAGCAGUCUCCCACCGUCCCCGCGGCUCCGAACAACUUCCAGUGGAUGAGCCGGCCGUCGUCGAUGGAUUUCACGACCCAGCAAUUGUGGAUGGCGAGUCAAGGUUUCGUGGGCACGGACAUGAUCUCCUCGGGAGUCCUGGGAUCUAACUACACGGCCAAGCCCACCGGCUUCUCGUCCUCCUGUCGGAACCCCGAAGUUAUGAUGGGAAUGGGCGACCCCAUGAUAUUCUCCGGGUUCGAAGAAGACAGUUUACGACCACUCUUUUCCAAUACAAACAUUUAGGGCUUCGAAUUUCUCUCUCUCUUUUUUUUUCCUUCUUCUUCUUCUUCUUCCUUUUUUAUUCCCCUCUUGGGUUUAUGAAACCUGGGAGUCAACAGGAGGAUGGGACCGUGAUUUGCUUUGCUCUUGUUUUACGUUCGGGAGGCGUUAUUGGCGCAGGCGUACGGAAAGACCGGUGAGGAUCUCAAACACAACACGGGGCGUCCCAGGAGCGGUUUGGCUUGACCCAUUGGACUGUACAAUUAGAGGCAUGAGCUGGGUUGAGUGGUGUGAGCACUUUGCGUCUGAAUGCGCGUGACCAGCGGAAGGGGUGAUAGGAGAACGGCUGACUUGACAAAGCCGUCACUGCCGUUAAUGCCAAAAUUCAUCAAAAACCGCUGCUUCCUCUCGUCUCUCCCAUACGGCGGACCUCACAUGUCUUUCUUCGACGACGACGACGACGACGACGACGACGACGACGAUGACGAUGUGCACCCCUGCCUCAGCCCUACGGCUACAACGAUGCGUAACCUGGCGGCGGCCCAGCCCAGGUGCAUGACGACAGCAUUAUUGUUCAAUUCAUGAUGGAUGCACACAAAACUCACAACCCCGCUCCUACUAGAUUUGGAAUACAGGAAACAAGGGGAACCAGCGAGAAGUCGUCGGUGACUUCGCCCAUCGCACAACUCAAAUCCACAGCCCCACCGAAAAAAAACGGACAAGAUAACGGGCCGAGCGUGCGUUUGAGACCCAUCAGGUUCCUCCGUAACGCGCCGAAAAGUGCCCGAAUCCACGGAGCUGGGUUUACGGAUUAGUGAUUUCUGGCUGCUCCGAGGCUGCCUUGCUUUUCCGUUUUGUCCAACAGUUUUCGCCGAUGUCCCUCGGAAACAGGUCAGAUGUGGAUUUGGCCAUGAUUCAUAAUCCGGACUCUCGCAUUUCUCAGCUGACAGCGGGAGAAGUCGGGUCUUUGUUUAUAUAUUUUUUUCUUUGGUCAUAUGGGUUUUUUUUCGCCCCAUAGUCCUAGUAUAGAUAGAUAUAUAUAUAGGGGGAAGAGGGAAGAAACGAGGAAGAAGCAUGCAUACCAAUUGACAUGGGCGUUACGGAGUGCCUC